CUUUUAAUAUUAAUUAUUAAAUAACCUUAAUUUUACUCAGCAUAUUGUUUUUAAAGCGAAAGACAAAAGAUAUUAAAGGCUAGAGUACUUCAAAAUCCAAUCAGCUAAUAAAUAAAUAGAAAAUCAAGACAGGAUAUCAAAGAAAUGUUUAAUUCUAUUCUUGUUAACAAAAUGCUUCCAAUAAUUGAGGCAGGGUAGUGCUUAGAUAGUGAAGAAAACAAAGAAUAGAUGGUUGAAGCUCUUUUAUAAAUAAAGCAUUUUUACACAUUGAUAAGAUAUGAAUCUUAAAAAGAAUACCUUUUCUAGUUCAUGCAAAAAAUGAAACUCAUAAAAUCGAAAAGAGGACAAAUUAUUUACGAGAAAGGAGCCCAAAAUGAAGGCUUGUAUUUGUUGAUUAAAGGGAAUUUAUCUAUAUGGGAACCAAAAACAUAAGGAGAGAUUAAUGAUGAAAUAGGAUUGAUAACUAAGCUAGAAAAAUUUGCAAAGAUAGGCAAUCAAAGCGAUGAUAUUAAAAAAAAAGUUCACUAAACUCAGUUUUUAUUAGAUUUCAUCCGCAAAAAGCAAGAUGAUGAGCUUUUCAAAAAUUAAAAAGAACAAUAUUUUUUAACUGAAAACAUUUGCUCUUUAAAAAGGGUCAGAUAUAUAUAUCCAGGAGAUUCCUUGAAUGAAGACUGUGUAGUUAGUGGAGCAAAAACAUAAUAUACUGUAAUGUCUUAAGAAGAUAGUUGCAUACUUUAUAUUAGCUAGCAUGAUUACUUGAAGAUAUUUGAUUUAGAAAUUAGCAAACUUAAUUUUAUUUUGGAUGUAUUGAAAAAGAACUUUCCUAACUCUAAAAUAGAUUCAUUGAGGAGACUUUCUUAUAAAUUUAAAGAAGAAAUAUUCCCUUAUGGAAGCAUUAUCUUUCAUUAGGAUGAUCCUGCUAAUCUUUUUAUGAUUAUAAAAAGUGGAUGCGUUGAAAUUAGUAAAAUUUUAUAUCCUGACGAUGAUAAAAGUGAUGAAAAAAUUGCUCAAAAGAAACACAAAGAAAAAAAAGCUAGGUAAAAAACAGAAGAAAGCAAAGAAGAAGAUAAUCAGCAAAAAUCCACAAACAAGAAAAAGAAGACUCAAUAAUAUACACAAGAAGAAGAGGACGCUUAUUUGGAAUAUCAAAGAUAUUAUGGAAGUUCCAACGACAAUCCAAACUAGGAAAAAGAAGAAGAAGAAUUAGAGCAAGAGAUUAUGUAAAAACAUUAAGAUGAAGAAAACCUCUAAUAAAAAAAGAAAAAGAAAAAAAGUAUGAAAAUUAAGCAGUAAUCAGUGCUAUCUCCUGUCAAAUAUUUAAGAAAUGUUUCUUAUAUGAAGCUUGGAAUUAUUGGUGCUGGAGAAAUAUUAGGAUUAGAGGAUUAUAUAAAGCAUAAAACUAGAAGCUUUUAAGCCCAGAGCAUUGCAGCAGAUACUGCUAUAUAUUACGUGAGCAAGAAGAAGAUAGAUGAUGUUAUAGAUUUAAACGAAGACUUGAAUCUUAAAAAAGCUAUGAAGCAAAACGGCAAUGUUAAAAUUGAGUGGUAUUCAGGCUUGUAAUCUAAAAUCUCUAAUAUCAAUUCUAUUUAAGAACUCAAAAGUGAAGAAAUAAUUACAGCUGAAUAGGUUAAGAAGCGCUUUACUGGAGAGGAGGAGAUUAAUUUCAAAUCUGUUGUUUCAAAACUUUUCAAUGAGAGGCGCUAAAAGAUUGUUGAAGACAUGAUAAGAAAAGAGAUAAAUAACUGCCCUAUUAAAAUUCAAAAUUUUCCAACUUUGAAUUCACCUUAAAAAGAAUAAAAUAAUUAAGAAAUUAGUAAACAAUAAUAAGUAAAUGAUCAUAAAUUCAAAUCUAUCACCUAAUCAAAUACUCCAAAAGAAGGAAAAAGUGGAGAAAGCACUAAAUAAAAUAAGCUCAGCUUUUUCUAAGAGCUACAAGAUAGCUUAUAUAAAUAGUAAGAUGUAAAUUAAAAUGCAUUAGAUAUACAUUAACUGAAUCCCAACUAAAAUAUUAAGUAAUAAUAGCCAAAAUAUACUUUAUAAGUUAAUAGUGAAAAAAAAAUACCAUCUGAAGCUCUUAAUUCAAUAAAUGAGGAAUCUAAAUAAGAUAAAUAAAAUUUAUAAAAAUUACUAACUUCAAAUAAUAAUUUCUAAGAUAACUAUGAAAAGAGAUUCAGAACUAUUUUAGAUCAAUCUUGCUCACCACCAAAGUAAUAGAAUAAAAAAAUAAAUAGCGAGAGUUAGAGGAAAUCAAUGAACGACUUACACUCAAAAAAAAAUAACACUUCUAUUUUAUUAGAUGAUCAUAAUUAACAAAGCAGUUAGAAAGAAAUUCAGCUUGUAAGAAGCUAUCAGCUUGAAACGGCCUCUCUCAGUUUACAAUAAAAAAUAUAAUACAAAAUAAAAAGCAACUCUAUCAUUUCUUCUAAAUAUAAAAAGUAUGACCCUUAAAAUAGUAAAAGUUUUCUAGAAGCAAGAAAAAUAGUUAAAAUUUUAAGAUAAUCAUAAUAAUCAAAGUCGAUUUAAUAGGGUAAUAUCCUUAAAUAAAUGAGAGAAGAAAGAUAAAGUAGCCUCAGCUAGAUAGUAUAAAAUAUAGUCAAUGAUAGUUAAAAUACUUCCAAUCUUAAUAGUAAUUUAAUAACAGAUAAGGAUUAGGCUGUUUCUUGUAAAAGAAUUAAUUUACUUGGGAGCUUAUGUCAAAUUAAUGACAUUUCUUAGUCAAUAAUUAGAAUUCCACCAAAUGAUAGUCAUUCUAUUAUUCAAGAAGAAGAAGCUAAAGAAAAAAAUUAAAAGUCAAUAACUUUACCUCCUAUUAUUCAUUCUAUUUCUCCUGACCAUAGAGAGCUUUAACACUUACAAAAGAAAAGCAGAAAAGGAGAUAAAAAUAAUAUAUUUUAUAGCCAGCAAUAGCUUUCAAAUAUAGAAGAGAGAAUAGGUUCUCUAUAUCAUUUUUAGAGUCCUAAAAAUUAAAACUCAAGAUAAGUUAAUCCUUCCUCAUCAGCUGUUACAAAUGUGCCACAAAACGAUGACUCUAACUCUUGUAUUACUUCAAAUCCUUUAAAAACUGAAACUGUUACGUAAUCAGAAAAGAAAACUAAGUAAUAUAGUAAAUUUUUGGAUGGAUUAAAUGACGAGCAUGAGCAAUCUCAUUUAUAAAACAGUAGUUUAAGUAAUAUCUAAGAGAAUAAUUAAAAUUUAAGAAAAAGUUUGCAAUUACCUUAAAUUAAUCAUAAUAAUAAUUAAUCAUUUAUCUAAAGUAUGAAAUUAAAUAUUUCACCACAAAUUAGUUUUUCUGUGAAGAUGUCUAGAAAGAAUAUAAAUAGAAAAUAUAAUGAUAUUUAUUAAUCAAACUAAAAUAUUCCGAAAUCAAAAACUGAAAGAUAAAUCACAAUAAGUGACUCAUAAAGUUAAUAAUCAUUGAUCACUGUAAAUAAGUUAGAUAUAGCAGAAGAGGUAAAGGAAAAGGUCUAGAAUAGACUAAAAAGAUAAAGUGAUGUUCUUUAAGUAAAAAGUAAUAACAAAAAAAACAGUAUUUUAAGUUAAAGAUUUCCAUCAUUAGGAAAACUUAGUAAUAAUAGCUACUAAUUAAAUAUUCAAAAUUAAAUAAUUCCUUAAACAACUAAAACAAAUAAAAUUAAAUAUCAAUUUAGCUAAGAAAAAUAGAUAGCUUUUUGA